AUGGGCGAAAAACGACUUAGACUAACAGAGCGACCAACAACACGUUUACUGGACACCUAUGGCGUACCUUAUAGUCAGAAACGUAAGCAGCAGCAUGUGUCCGAUCUUGAUACAAAUGAUACAUCAUAUCUUGGCACAGAACCAUCAGUCAUUUCAAAACCAAAAGCACCACUCAACAUAAUACCUAUGAAUGAACUGCAGCAACGUAUUCGUGUAUGCGUAAGAAAAAGGCCAUUGAACAAAAGAGAGACAGCAUCCAAUGAGACUGAUAUUGCAUCCAUUGUUGGCUCUCGUACAGUAGAACUUCAUGCUGAAAAAAAUCGUAUCGAUCUUAGCCGUUUUGUUGAGACUCAUUCAUUCACGUUUGAUGAAGCGUUUGACAGUCAUGUGACGAACCAAGAGAUUUAUGCAAGAACAGCUCAACCGUUAAUUGAAUAUAUCUUUGCAGGUGGUAAUGGCACAUGUUUUGCAUUUGGACAAACAGGAUCAGGAAAGACAUACACAAUGUUGGAUAGCAAUGAUGGACUUUACGUACUCGCAGCACAAGACAUAUUUCGAAUGCUCAAUCAACCCAAUCAUUCACAUCUGUCAGCAAGCGUCGGCUUUUAUGAAAUUUAUCAAGGGCAGCUGUACGAUCUGUUGAACAAUAGAAAUAAACUAGCAGCACGAGACGAUGGUAAUAACAAUGUUGUCAUUGCUGGACUCAAAGAAUAUCCGAUAAAGAACAAGGAAGAUCUAAUGGGAGUGUUUGAAUACGGUAAUCAAGGGAGAACAACAGGAAGAACAGGUGUCAAUAACAAAUCGUCAAGAUCGCACGCCGUACUUCAGAUCAUUUUGAGAGCUCAGCACAGAUCUGCAGAAGCCUAUGGUAAACUGACAUUCAUUGAUUUGGCUGGAAGUGAAAGGGGUGUUGACAGAGGCGAUGCAAAUCCUAAAACAAGGCUUGAAGGAGCAGAGAUAAACAAGAGUUUAUUGGCGCUCAAAGAGUGUAUUCGUGCUUUGGACCAAGACAAAAAGCAUACACCGUUUAGAGGGAGUAAAUUAACACAGGUUUUGCGUGAUUGUUUUAUUGGGAAUGCAAGAACCUGUAUGAUUGCCACCAUAUCCCCCAAUAGCUCUAAUGCAGAACAUACCCUUAAUACAUUACGCUAUGCAGAUAGGUAUGUGUGUAUAUAA